AUGCCGUAUCUCACUCUUUCAAGUCAGGAAUUUGAUUCAUUACCGCAGUUUUCAAAAUUCGUUACCAAACUUCUGCGUCGUCGCAAUGAUCAGGUGGACGUGUAUUUGAUGAAGCUAAGUUUCCAUGGAGCAGGUAGUCAGGUUUUUGUGAAAAGGAUUGCAGGUUAUGCGUUUUCUCACAAUGUCCAAGACAUAAUUGUCAGUAGUACCCCCGUAAACCAACAUGGGCUUCCUCUCUGCCUCAUUAGGGGCUCCCUGUCUCUUAAACAUUUUACCUUUACUAGUAUCGGUCCUGAUGCAUAUUUGAAUACACCCAAAACGCCUUGGGAUUUUCCAGUUUUGACUACUUUGCAUCUCAGUAAUGUUACAUUGCGUGGCGGCAAGGACACGGGGGACUCUAUUGAUCUUUUCUCAAAGUGCUUUAACUUAAAGAUCCUCACUUUGAAGAGUUUCUGUGUUUUUUAUAGGGCGGUAUUUGACAUCAUUACCCCUCGACUUGAGAAUCUCAUGCUUGUUAAUUGCUCAUAUGCUAAUAAUGUCGUCAAUGUGAUUGCACCUCAACUUGAGAAUCUCACUCUGCCAAAAUAUUCUUUUCAUUCUCUCAACAAAGCGAGUAUCGCUUUGAAUCCUUUAGACAUGCCGUACAAUGAGCAAGAUGCACACCAUGCUAUUAACAUGCUUCAAAAGCUACACAGUGCCAGAUUUCUCACGCUUAACUUGGGCAUUGUGGAGUGUCUUUCCUCACUUUCGGAUCUAGUUUUGCAAUAUCCUUCACCUUUUAGCAACUUGGUUUGCUUAAAUAUAGACUACAGCAGGGCAGAAGCAGACAAAGUAAAACUGUCCAUUGCAACCAGAGACUUCUUGCUUGCUAACUCCCCAGAUGCCACUCUCAUUGAAGAUUUACCCGAGGAACCAUCUAUAAAAGAUAUGUUAGAGAAAGUGGCUACAAAGAAGAAGGCCAAACUGAUUGCAGAUGAUGUUAAGUGUGACAUGAUGGAACUGCAAGUCUCUGAAAAAAAGCUCUUGGAACAUAUGAUGGGAUUCCAAGCCUCCGCAAAAGAGCAGGAAAUUGUGCUAUUCACCAAAGCAUGCAUUUGGGAACUUAUGGCAUUACUUCCAAAGGCACUGGGCUUGGAAAAAAAGAUGCACACUGAUCAUUCCAAUAAGAGGGCUCAAAUUGCGGCUGAAUUGGCGCAACUGACAGGAAGUAUCCGGGCCUGUGUGGGGAAGUUGCAUGACCUGUAUGAGCAAGAAUAUGAAAAUUUUGAAGCCAUUCAUUCGAAAGAGAAGCGGGCCACCCUAAUGUUAUUGAAAAACUUUCCUACUCAAGAUACGACACACAAAAUUCGCAGACUAAAAGUAACACAAAAACAGCAUCGUCAUCUAGUUUCAACAGUUCAAGACUUGUCUUUAUGUAACAAAAAGAUCAUUGAUGUUUAUAAAGAACAUGUGUCUCAUAAUUAUAUCUCAACAUUUCAAGACAUUGCCAGGGCCGCUGAAGAUUGGGCAAACAGAUUCGAGUUUUUACAAAUUUUCAUAAAAGUGGAUAGAGCUAUGGCUUUUAGUAAGUACCUUAAGAGUGGAUAA